AUGCCUCCCGGCCGCAGAUCCGGCCGCGUCAAGGGUCGCAAAACCCUCUACACUGAGGAUCCUUUUGUAUCGGCUGGAAUCAUCGAUGAUGACUCAGACUCUGAAAAGAUUGACAAAGCAAGCAAGGCUAAGAGGGUGAAAAGAGAGAAUUCCGUGUCCGACGAAGAAUUUGUCGCGGGCUCAGAUCCGGGUGUCGCCAACCCAGAAGAAGACGAGGGAUCUGCAGAUGAGGAUGGUGAAGCUGAAUCUGGUGUGGACGAAGAUGGUGAUAUAAUAGAUGUUGAUGAAAUCGGGGAUGUCCCCAAGAAAAAACAACCUCAACACUCCCAACCACCAAAAGUGAAUAUGCAGGCAGCCUAUGGCACCAUUUCUUUAUCGCCAGAUAACACACAUUAUCGGGGUAUCAUGGAUUCUCGAGACCAUGUCUCGAAGCUUAUGUCGUAUACCUUGACUUAUGGUUCCGAUGACCGAGACCUAGGCCUCACAAUCCACAUGCGAGGCCGAUGGCGUUGGGGUCGGGACUCUACGUUUCCUACUCGUGUUUCCUUAGAAAAUACCGACGGAGAGUCCGAUUCACCCUACGGUCCAACAUUGGGCAUUUCUCCAGAUCUUCUGGAGAAAGAACGGACAUUAGGCUGGAACUGGUACUAUGAGCAUGAGGAUGGCGAGAGGUUUCGAAGGAAACAACGACUUGAUAUGAAAAUUACAGAGAUUGACGUGCGUCGAGAUUAUCUGCCGCGACCGAAGUCCAAACAGCAUACAGUUCUGAUGGGACCAAUAGAUGACCAACAAGCUUUUCAUCUCGGUUACCACGACUGUAUUGAUUUCGGCCCGGCCUGGGGUUCCAAAAAGGCGCAAAAAAGCAAUGAACUGGAGAAGAUACGUGAGGGGUGGAUCAUCAACAUUGGACAGAAAAUUCAAUGCAUGGCGUGGGCUCCCAACCAAAAUGGCGUAUCUCAGUAUCUGGCUGUGGCUGCACCAGUCACCGAUGCACAAAAAAACGGUUACAAGACCCCUACAAGUAAUCCAAUCUCCUCAUUUGUGCCAUCACCCUCAUAUCCUGGAACAAUUCAACUAUGGGAAUUCCGGGCCAAAGAAGCCGGCACCCAAAGAAAUACUAUUGACAUGUCUUUCGAACCACAACUUCGUUUACUAUUGUGUUCGGAGUGGGGGGAUCUGAGACGUAUGGCCUGGUGCCCCAUGGGGCGAGAAAAGCGAGGCGACGCCGACAAAGGUUUAAUAGACAUCGGCCUUCUGGCUGGAGUCUGGGGCGAUGGAAAGGUGCGGGUGCUGGACAUAAAGCUACAUCAAGGCUCCAGUACACUAAAAUAUGCCAAAAUCAUGUCGCCAGCAUUUGAGGCAAUCCCCACCUCGACUGUCUGUACGUGUUUGACCUGGCUCUCACCCAGCGACAUCGCAGUAGGCUGUGGAAAUGGUUUUGUCGCCGUUUACAGCAUUCUACCUUGCUCCACUUCCGAACCUCAGCCCUACUUCUAUCAUCAAAUUCAUGCAACCUACGUGCUGAACAUCACAUCCAUAUACCCAACAAACCCACACCUUAUCUCAACCAUUUCAGUCGAUGGUGAGACUCGCUUAUGGUCUAUUCUUGAACCUCAGAGCGAGACCACUGGCACGGUUCGAGUGCGGCUAGCUUCCUCUCACCUUAGCUUCUCCCCGGUUCUUCAGUCAGUGUGCUCCAGUGAUGAAAAUGAAUAUGGACGAAUCAUGCCAAUCCGACGAUUCUUUGCCACCGCCACUGCUUGCAGGAUCCUCAGCACCGUCUCUGCCCUCGCUCCGUGCAGUUUCUGGCAUCCCAGCCUCCUCUAUGGUGGGACGGGAGGUGAGGUAUUGGCGACAAAUCCUCUACGAAAAACGUUGCAUCCAAAGGAAACACAGUGGCAACAGAUAUGGUUUACUCACGACUGGGCGUCUCGAUCUGAAGUCGACCACCCGGGUGUCAGCCGUUUCUACGAGGGAUUCAGUGCGGAAACUCAGGGCACGUUACGCAAUGGAGAGCCCCGGCCAAUGGGAUUUAGUCUUACCACCAUUCAUGAAGAAGGCACACACGUCACAGCGCUGGGGUGGAAUCCCAACCGCCUGUGUGCCGCCUGGGGCAGCGCCGCGCUUGGUUGUGGUCUACUGCGGGUUGAAGAUCUUGCCGUGUAG